UGGCGUCUAUUUAAGAUCCGUGUGCGCAGAAGUUAUCGCAGCAGCAGCGAACUGCCGCGGAAAUCGAAGAAGGCAGCUGAAUCCAUGGCGCUCUCUGGCAGUUCCAUCGUCCCUACAAAAUCGUUUGUUCAGACUCAGUGCCUUCUACCUUCCUCUAAACCUCACCAUUGUUCUCUGCCCUCCAACGAUCAGAAGCCCCGGCGGAUCGUCGCCAACGCUUCCGAGUCUGCGAAGAAUCCUAUUGUUUCCGAUGCACCGGCGGAGAAGAAAUCAGUUUCAUCGACGGUGCAGACGGUUCAGAAGGUGGGUUCUGAGAAAUGGGCCAUCGAGAGCUGGAAGUCCAAGAAGGCUCUGCAGCUUCCCGAGUAUCCAAAUCAGGAGGAGCUCCAUUCGGUGCUUCAUACGCUGGAAGCGUUUCCCCCAAUCGUAUUUGCCGGAGAGGCGAGGAGCCUGGAGGAACGCCUGGCAGAUGCAGCGAUGGGGAAUGCUUUCCUUCUACAGGGCGGGGAUUGUGCUGAGAGUUUCAAGGAAUUUAACGCCAAUAACAUCCGUGAUACUUUUAGGAUUCUUCUUCAAAUGGGUGUUGUUCUGAUGUUUGGAGGACAAAUGCCAGUCAUUAAGGUUGGUAGAAUGGCCGGCCAGUUUGCGAAGCCGAGGUCGGACCCGUUCGAAGAGAAGAACGGCGUAAAGCUACCAAGUUACAGGGGAGACAAUAUUAAUGGGGAUGCUUUUGAUGAGAAGUCGAGGACUCCAGAUCCUCAGAGGAUGAUUCGGGCCUACUGUCAAGCUGCGGCAACUUUGAAUCUUUUAAGGUCUUUUGCCACUGGUGGUUACGCAGCCAUGCAGAGGGUCACACAAUGGAACUUGGAUUUUGCAGAGCACAGCGAGCAGGGAGAUAGAUACCAGGAACUCGCCCACCGAGUCGAUGAGGCCCUUGGAUUCAUGGCUGCCGCUGGACUCACUACUGAUCAUCCUAUCAUGACAGCAACCGAUUUCUGGACAUCUCAUGAAUGUUUACUCUUGCCAUAUGAGCAGUCGCUGACUCGGUUGGAUUCGACUUCUGGUCUUUACUAUGAUUGUUCUGCCCACAUGCUUUGGGUGGGCGAACGUACCAGGCAGUUGGAUGGUGCACAUGUUGAAUUUUUAAGAGGGGUUGCUAAUCCCCUGGGGAUUAAAGUAAGCGAUAAGAUGGAUCCAAAUGAGCUAGUUAAGCUCAUUGAGAUUUUGAAUCCUCAAAACAAGCCAGGGAGGAUAACAGUGAUCACCAGAAUGGGAGCUGAGAACAUGAGAGUGAAGCUUCCUCAUCUGAUCAGAGCUGUUCGCAGGGCAGGGCAAAUUGUCACAUGGGUUAGUGAUCCUAUGCAUGGGAACACUAUCAAAGCUCCCUGUGGUCUUAAGACUCGCCCCUUCGACUCAAUCAGGGCUGAGGUGAGAGCAUUCUUUGAUGUGCACGAGCAAGAGGGCAGCCACGCCGGGGGAAUUCAUUUGGAGAUGACCGGGCAGAACGUGACAGAAUGCAUCGGCGGGUCGAGAACUGUGACGUUUGACGACUUGGGCUCACGCUACCACACCCACUGUGACCCUAGGCUCAAUGCUUCGCAAUCUCUUGAGCUCGCCUUCAUCAUUGCCGAGCGCUUCAGAAAGAGGAGGAUCAAGUUGCAGACCUCUCUUCCUUCUUCUGGCCUGUAAAAUGCUUUAGUAGAGUUAAGUUUGUACUUGUAAUAUUUUCUUGUCUUUUUUUUUUACAAACUUCCGCCGCCCCCUCUUUGGCUGUAUCAAUUAUGGUAUUUGUUAGUUUGCUUUCGAGGGUCAAAUGAUAUGAUAACUUCGUUGUACUUGUAUUACACUGAAACUGUUGGUUUUUGGCUUUUGGGAGCCUCACAGGGACAGAGGUUAUGAUUAAUAAGCUUAACAAAUGGGUUGAAUUAGACCCUACCAUUCCCAACGGUU